AUUGAGUUCUCAGAAUUUUCGUGAAUUACUUAGGUAAGAAAUACUGCGAGAAAGUAUGUGACAUUGUAGCACCACAAGUGUGCUUUAUCGAGCUAUCCCGUUCUACUGUCCAGAGUGCAUGCAGAUGAGGCAGCAGCUGAAGGAAUCCAGCUCGACAGAGGACGAGCAGCUCCUGCGGCCGGUGACCCAGGUGGCGGUGACCCCGAGGGAGGUGUCCCCACCAAUCCCCAGCAUAAGUAAGCGUUCCUGAUCAUCGAUGAUCCAAAUUAAAGCAUCGAUGUGUCAUAGCUGGUUAUUUGACCUGACGACAAAGAACGACGACGACUUGAACUGCGUUGUCCAAUAAACGUAUUGAAAUGCGCUUUGUUACUGAUGUGACCUGGUGAAGUCUGUUCUUGCGUCAAUAAAUCCUGUGGACAUGGAAUCUUGUAACAAUAAACCGGGAGGACCAUCCCUGUAAUAUUGAUGAAACCUAACGACUUGUGUUUGGGUGCCAAUGCAAUCAUUUUGAUGUCUGGAAUUGUGUGGAAGAAACCUAAUGAGGUGUGCUUGGGUGACAUUAACUCUCAUGCCCGUGUGCUCUGGUGCCGAUUAACUCUGUUGAAGUGUGCUGUGGUGGCGAUGAAGGCUCUCGGUGUGUGCUCUGUACCGAUCCGUCGCCAGGCACACCGCUGACCGGGUUGGACGGCGAAAAAACGUCCAACUUAUACUCUGGGGUCGAUUAACCCGGUUGAUUUGUUCGCCGAUGCCGGCGAGAUCUAACAAUCAUCCUUCCGGUGUUGACGAAACUUGUAGAUUUGAGCAAUGGUGGCAGUGCAAACUGCUGAAGUGUAAUUUCGUGUCGAUACGCCUCGAAGUGUGCUCUGACAUCAAUGAAACACAUGGACAUAUACUCUGUUGCCGAUUCACUCUGCUUAAUCGUGACAAUGAAGCAGGUCGGAGUGUUCUGUUGAACCAUGAAGCCAGACACUAGAGCGUGUUUGAUGCGGGGACAGGUGCGGAGUAAGGAUGCCCUAAAACACGAAAUAAUCAAUGAAAUCAGGUGCGUUCCGGUGAUGAUAGUCCAGAUCUGUUGCCAGAGAUCCUGGUGAACUGCAUGACACGGACGAGGGGGUGGAGCGUCCCAAAACAGGAAUCAAUGAAUCAACCUGGUGAUGAUAGUCCGGAAAAGACUCCAGUAAUCCUGACGCGUAUUUCUGGGCGGGAGCGGUCCACCCAAAAACACGAACUAAUCAAUGAUACAACUAAGAGUUAUGUGGUGAUGAUAGUCCGUAUCUGCCACCAGGCACUCGCCUGAGCCUUUCUGAUGCGGGCGCGGUGGCGGAGACCCCGCAAACACGAAACAAUCAAUCAACGGAAUGUGCUCUGGUGAUGGUAGUUAUACUAUAUCGCUAGGCACCUUUCUGGGGAUGCCUAAAGCGUGGCGCACGGAAACACGAAACAAAAUAUUUCAAAUCAAUGAAUCAAUUAAGUGUGCACUGGUGAUGAAAGUGAUUAUGGCUCAACGUGCUGAGCGUGCCUGACGAGGGGCCAAGUACAGAGGGAGAGCAGAAACUCGAAACAAUCAAUGAAUCAACAGUGUGUGCUCUGGUAAUGGUAGUUCUUAUGGGUCCAGGCACUCUGCUGAGCGUGUCUGAGAAGGGGCCGGUUGCUGAGGAAGUGUAGAAACUCGAAACAAUCGACGAAUCGACCAAGUGUGCUCUGGUGAUGGUCGUUCUCAUGAGUCCAGGCACUCUGCUGAGCGUGUCGGACGAGGGGCCACGUGCAGAGGGAGGGUGGAAACUCGUAACAAUCAACGAAUCAACAGCGUGGGUAAUGGUAGUUCUUAUGGGUCCAGGCACUCUGCUGAGCGUGCCUGAGAAGGGGCCGGGUGCUGAGGGACUCGGCGGCGGAGGCCGGCGGACUGGCAGGGGACUGCACCGCGCGCACAACGUGGCGCUGGAGGCCAACGGCCACGCCCUGCGCGAGCGCGUGGCGCAACUGCUGGCCAAGGCGCAGCACGACAAGCAGCUGGCGCAAGCUGUCACCGAACAAGUGAACGCCGCCGAGACGCAAGUGCGCAACCGCGAGAGGAAGCUGGAGCUCAUCUCUGAGAACUUCGCUCAGGAGCGACGCAUGCUACAGCAGCAGCUGGUCAGGUCAAAAUCUGUGGCAGCGCAUCUUCAAGGCGUUCUGGCAGAGAAAGAAAAGGUUCUGAAAGACCUUAGUGGUUGUUCGCGAGAGAUCGAUGAAAGAGAGAGCGCGCGACUUCGAGCUAAAAACCGAGGAAAUGUGAGUUCUGCCACGCGAGCUCGCGAGGACCGGGCGCGCGCCGCCAUGCUGCGUGUGGUGCUCAACGGGCGCAGCGCGGAGCGGGCGCGCCUGCAGCACCUGGUGGACCACCUGGACCGCCGCAUGGCCGACAAGCAGCAGGAGCUGCACGCCACCAGCGUAAGGCGCACCACCCUGUAGCUCUCUGCGCGUCGUGUCAAUUGCGAUUGACUUGUCUUGUUCUGAUUCCGGGCG